CCGCCACCAUCAGCACCACCUCCGCCACCUCCACCACCGCCGGCGGCGGCAGCAGCCAUUUCAUCUCCACAGAAACCAGACACAAAAACAUGGCAGAAAUGGAGAAAGAAGGGAGACCUCCGGAAAAUAAGAGGAGCAGGAAACCGGCUCACCCAGUGAAGAGGGAGAUCAACGAGGAGAUGAAGAACUUUGCAGAAAACACCAUGAAUGAACUCCUUGGCUGGUAUGGCUAUGAUAAGGUUGAAUUGAAAGAUGGUGAAGAUAUUGAAUUCAGGAGCUACCCUACAGAUGGAGAGAGCCGGCAGCACAUUUCUGUUCUCAAAGAAAAUUCUUUGCCAAAACCAAAAUUACCUGAGGACAGUGUUAUUUCACCAUACAAUAUAAGCACAGGCUAUUCAGGGCUUGCCACAGGAAAUGGACUCAGUGACUCACCCGCAGGGUCAAAGGAUCAUGGCAAUGUGCCCAUUAUUGUCCCUUUAAUUCCGCCACCUUUCAUAAAGCCACCAGCAGAAGAUGAUGUGUCAAAUGUACAAAUAAUGUGUGCCUGGUGCCAGAAAGUGGGAAUCAAGCGCUACUCCCUGAGUAUGGGGAGCGAGGUGAAAAGCUUCUGCAGCGAGAAGUGCUUCGCGGCCUGCCGGCGCGCCUACUUCAAGAGGAACAAGGCUAGAGAUGAAGAUGGACAUGCUGAAAAUUUUCCCCAGCAGCACUAUGCUAAGGAAACUCCAAGGCUUGCCUUCAAGAAUAACUGCGAACUACUUGUAUGUGACUGGUGUAAGCACAUCAGACACACAAAAGAAUAUCUGGAUUUUGGGGACGGGGAAAGAAGGCUUCAGUUCUGCAGCGCAAAAUGUCUCAAUCAAUACAAAAUGGACAUUUUCUACAAAGAGACACAGGCCAAUCUUCCAGCUGGGCUGUGCAGCACAUUACACCCUCCCAUGGAAAAUAAAGCAGAAGGCACCGGGGUGCAGCUGCUCACUCCAGACUCUUGGAAUAUCCCUCUGACAGAUGCUCGGAGGAAGGCCCCCUCCCCGGUGGCUGCAGCUGGCCAAAGCCAGGGCCCUGGCCCGUCGGCGUCCACCACCGUCUCUCCAUCUGACACCGCCAACUGCUCUGUCACUAAGAUCCCCACGCCCGUGCCCAAGUCCAUACCCAUCAGCGAGACUGCAAACAUCCCCCCCGUCGCCGUCCAGCCACCUGCUAGCAUCGGGCCCCCCCUCGGAGUCCCGCCCCGCAGCCCUCCCAUGGUGAUGACCAACCGCGGCCCGGUGCCGCUGCCCAUCUUCAUGGAGCAGCAGAUCAUGCAGCAGAUCCGCCCGCCCUUCAUCCGCGGGCCGCCGCACCACGCCUCCAACCCCAACAGCCCCCUGUCCAACCCCAUGCUCCCCGGCAUCGGGCCCCCGCCCGGCGGCCCCAGGAACCUGGCGCCGCCCCCGGGCGCGCCCUUGCCGAGUCUCCCCUUCCCGCCGGUGAGCAUGAUGCCCAACGGCCCGAUGCCCGUGCCCCAGAUGAUGAAUUUCGGGCUGCCCUCCCUGGCCCCGCUCGUGCCACCCCCCACUUUGCUCGUGCCAUACCCCGUGAUCGUGCCCCUGCCGGUGCCCAUCCCCAUCCCCAUCCCCAUCCCUCACGUCAAUGAUUCCAAGCCCCCCAACGGGUUUUCCAGCAACGGGGAGAACUUCAUUCCGAGCGCCCCUGGCGACUCCUCGGCGGCAGGCGGCAAGCCAGGCGGACACUCCCUGUCCCCCCGGGACUCCAAGCAGGGCUCGUCCAAGUCCGCGGACUCGCCGCCCGGCUGCUCGGGCCAGCUGCUGUCGCCCGAAGAGCCCGCGGUGAGCGAGCUGGAGUCGGUCAAGGAGAACAACUGUGCUUCCAACUGCCACCUGGACGGGGAGGCGGCCAAAAAGCUGAUGGGGGACGAGGCCUUGGCGGGGGGCGACAAGUCGGACCCGAACCUUAACAACCCCGCGGACGAGGACCACGCCUAUGCUUUGCGGAUGCUGCCCAAGGCGGGCUGCGUGAUCCAGCCUGUGCCAAAACCCGUGGAGAAGGCCGCCAUGGCGCCCUGCAUCAUCUCCUCGCCCAUGCUCGGCGCGGGGCCCGAGGACCUGGAGCCUCCGCUCAAAAGGAGGUGCCUCCGAAUUAGAAAUCAGAAUAAGUAAAAGGAACACUCGCUCACAGGGUACCUUGCAUGGAGAGAGGGCGCCGAGCAAGCCACGUCACGACAUCCAAUGACACCAGCUGGUCAGCUCACCACCCCCUCUGGCUGAAACUCAAGCAAAUAAAGCCGCUUCCCGUCAUUAAGCAUCUCAGAGGAAGCAGCCCUCCCUCGGUGGCCUGCAGCCCGGAGAAGCCGGCACGUCUAGGACCCAGCCAGAGGGCUCAGCCUUCCUGCGGCCACCAUCCCUGCUUCUCCCCAGAGGAACUUAGGGAUUUCGCCCUUGGUUUUAAAACAACAAAACACCAACAAGCCACAAGGACCAAUGUAGGUAUUCUCCCCGCUCCAUUCUCCAGGCUCAGAGGGUGAGGCUGGAAGAUGAUAUGGAAUUGAAAACAAAAAAAAUCUUUUUUUAUACUUUUAAAAAAAAACUGCUGUGGUUUUGCUGCUACACUAAGAAUUGUGAUUUGCAUUGUACGGUUUCGGACCUACGCUGUUCCCGUUUUGACGGCGGAGAGGGAUCGCGCUGGAGCCCCCACGCUUCAGGCUCAUCUCUGUCCUGCCCAGGAUGCACUUUUAAAUGAAGAGUUAGAAUAUUUUAUUGGCUGAUAUACUUUUCUUGUUAUUUUUACAAAGGCCGCCUUUACCCUUUUUAAUGCCAUAUUUUCAGUGUUACACUUUUAUGGCUUUUAAUUUUCGAUUUGACAGAUGUAAGAAGCAGCAUGAAUAGUUUAUACUGUGGUUUUUCAGAGACCGAAUGCCAAGAGGACUCGGUAAAUGUUUAUUCUUCUCAGCUUUCUCUUUAAAUUCCCCUAAAUAGCGCCCCAUCUGGGAACAGAGCAAGAGUGUUGAACUGAAGACCAAAAUGCCCUCAAGGUGUAAAAUAAUCCGAGGGGGAAUAUUUGCUGGGCGUCACGAAAGACGUGGAUGAAAUUUCAGCCCUGAUGGUUUUCGGUGAUGCAGGAAGCGAGUGGAGCAGCCUCUGCGCAGAGCCCUUUCAUGACAGUCCGAAUGGUAUGGACAAACCAAUGAAAAUGAGGGAAAGUGAGAAAGAUCGCCCGUGAUUCUGUUUCACUGUUUGCUUUCUCCUGUCAUGGUGAAGAGAAAUGUGCAAUUCGAUCCUCAGUCAGUGGGUGGAGGAUAACAGGGUAGAUUUUCUUGUGUGCACUUGUACAGUUGUAGCUGCGAGUCCAGGAGUCCUCUAGAGCAUGUGUACUGGCACUGAGUUGGUGAGACAGUCGUGGAGUAUCCCGUUCUGAUGAGUACAGAAAAAAAAAAAGAGAAAAAAUACGAAAAAAAAAAAAUCCAAAAAAAGAAGAAAACUAAAAAAAAAAA